AUGGUUCAAUUCCUGUCUAAAGAGAGCAUGCGGACCAGCAGCCCUGCUCAGGGCUCUGGCACCCAGGUCUUGGCGCUGGGCUUCGUGUGCUCAAUCCUCAGAGCGCUCCUGUUGCUGCAAGUGGUGCUGGGGCUCUUGGUGUGGGCCCUGAUUGCCGACACCUUCUACCACCUGUGCCCAGCCCACGGCUGGGUGAUGAUGCUCCUUGCUGUCUUCCUCUGGCUGGUGACCAUCAUCUUCGUCCUCUACCUGUUUCGGCUGCACAUGAAGUUGUACAUGGUGCCCUGGCCGCCGGUGUUAAUGAUAUUUAACAUGAGCAACACCGUUCUCUACAUCACAGCCUUCAUCACUGGUUUCGCUGAGGUUGAGCAGACGUCACUGAAAGGCGCCUGGCCUUAUAAGCAGCAGGAAGCUGCCUCCUUCUCUGCCUAUUCAGUGGUGAUUGCCUGUGGAGUGAGUGCUUUCUUCAGCUUCCAGGCCUGGCGAGGAGUAGGCAGCAAUGCAGCCACUAGUCAGAUGGCUGGCGGCUAUGCCUGA